CCCCACGCAGCUCUCCAGGGGCGUCCGGGCCAGACGGAGCGCUCGCCACGCUGCCAGCCAUGAGAGCCCAGGCUCUGCUGGCCCUCCUGCUCCUCUGCGUUCUGCUGCUGCAGGCCCGGGGCGGGCAGCACGGCCAGAAGACGAACCGAAAGCAGAGACCCCCAGAAAUCAAGCAGUGUGAGAAAAGACCCAAAAUAUAUCUGUGCACAGUCCCCUGCACAGAUCACCGAGAAUGUCAAGCAAAUACCAUAUGCUGUUCAACCUUCUGCGGGAACAUUUGCAUGAACGUCCUGUGAGUCAGAGAGCCUGGGGCCGUGCAUCCUGACCCCCCAACCAUCUCCGAAGACACUGUGUCUGCGGCUGAAGAUAAGGACCUGACCCUGGACACAAGGAUGUCAACAGGAGCGCCACUCUGUCCAGCCAGUAUCUGAACAACCUGGCCCUGUCAAAUAAACCAGAACAAAU